CCUGCGGCACAGAGUUUCAGCAAAGCUUGCAAGCACAGGCCAGGCGGGGACUCCCCAAGGCCAGCGCAGGGAGAGCUCUCUCGGGUCCUCCUGAGUGCUUCCCCUCAGGCAGUCACUGGCCCCCUGGCAUGGAGCAGACAUCAGCACACAGCGCCACCCUCCACCCCCAUUGCUCACAGGGUCUGCAGCCCCUUGGGCCAUGCCUCUGCUGGAAGGUUCUGUGGGGGUGGAGGACCUCGUCCUCCUGGAACCGCUGGAGGAAGAAGCCCUGCUCAGGAACCUUCAGCUUCGCUAUGAGCACAAGGAGAUUUAUACCUACAUCGGGAACGUAGUGAUCUCAGUGAAUCCUUACCAGCAGCUGCCCAUCUAUGGCCCAGAGUUCAUUGCCAAGUACCAGGACUACACCUUCUAUGAGCUGAAGCCCCACAUCUACGCACUGGCAAAUGUGGCCUACCAGUCUCUGAGGGACCGGGACCGAGACCAGUGUAUCCUCAUCACGGGCGAGAGUGGAGCUGGGAAGACUGAGGCCAGCAAGCUGGUGAUGUCCUACGUGGCGGCCGUCUGCGGGAAAGGGGAGCAGGUGAACUCUGUGAAGGAGCAGCUGCUGCAGUCGAACCCAGUGCUGGAGGCCUUUGGCAACGCCAAGACAAUUCGCAACAACAACUCCUCGCGGUUUGGAAAGUACAUGGACAUUGAGUUUGACUUCAAGGGCUCCCCCCUGGGCGGUGUCAUCACCAACUAUCUGCUGGAGAAGUCGCGAGUGGUGAGGCAGCUCCAAGGCGAGAGGAACUUCCACAUCUUCUAUCAGCUCCUGGCUGGAGCAGACGCACAGCUACUGAAGGCCCUGAAGCUGCAGCGGGACACGAGUGGCUACACCUAUCUGAACCAGGAAGCAUCCAGCGUAGGGGGCAUGGACGACGCCUCCAACUUCAGUGCUGUGCAGAGUGCAAUGUCGGUGAUCGGGUUCUCAGAGGCGGAGAUCCGACAGGUGCUCGAGGUGACAGCUCUGGUGCUGAAACUGGGGAACGUGGAGCUGACAGAUGAGUUCCAGGCCAACGGGAUUCCAGCCAGUGGCAUCCGUGAUGGGAGAGGUGUCCGGGAGAUGGGGGAGAUGGUGGGUCUGGACUCAGCGGCGCUGGAGAGAGCUCUGUGCUCCAGGACCAUGGAAACCAGCAGAGAAAAGGUGACCACAGCCCUGAAUGUCACCCAGGCUCAGUACGCGCGCGAUGCUCUGGCUAAGAACAUCUAUAGCCGCCUCUUCGAUUGGAUCGUGAACCGCAUCAACGAGAACAUCAAGGUAGGCUCUGGGGAGAGGAAGAAGGUCAUGGGGGUGCUGGAUAUCUACGGCUUCGAGAUACUAGAGGAUAAUAGCUUUGAGCAGUUUGUGAUCAACUACUGCAAUGAGAAGCUACAGCAGGUGUUCAUAGAGAUGACCCUGAAAGAGGAGCAGGAGGAAUAUAAGAGAGAGGGCAUCCCGUGGACGAAGGUGGACUACUUUGACAACGGCAUCAUCUGCAACCUCAUUGAGCACAAUCAGCGCGGCGUCCUGGCCAUGCUGGACGAGGAGUGCCUGCGGCCCGGCGUGGUCAGCGACUCCACUUUCCUAGCGAAGCUGAACCAGCUCUUCUGCAGCCACAGUCACUACGAGAGCAAAGUCACCCAGAAUGCCCAGCGCCAGUAUGACCGCAGCAUGGGCCUCAGCUGCUUCCGCAUCUGCCACUACGCGGGGAAGGUGACAUACAAUGUAAAUGGCUUCAUUGACAAGAACAACGACCUACUCUUCCGAGACCUGUCCCAGACCAUGUGGAAGGCACGGCACCCCCUCCUGCGGUCCUUGUUCCCCGAGGGUGACCCCAAGCAAGCAUCUCUGAAGCGCCCCCCGACUGCUGGGGCCCAGUUCAAGAGCUCUGUGGCCGUACUCAUGAAGAACCUGUAUUCCAAGAACCCCAACUACAUCAGGUGCAUAAAGCCCAACGAGCACCAGCAGCGAGGGCGGUUCUCCUCAGAGCUGGUGGCCACCCAGGCUCGGUACCUCGGCCUGAUGGAGAACGUGCGGGUGCGGCGGGCAGGCUAUGCCCACCGCCAGGUGUACGCGCACUUCCUGGAAAGGUACCGACUGCUGAGCCGGAGCACCUGGCCUCACUGGAAUGGAGGAGCCCGGGAGGGAGUUGAGAAGGUGCUAGGGGAGCUGAACCUGUCACCCCAGGAGCUGGCCUAUGGGAAGACCAAGAUCUUCAUCAGAAGCCCCAAGACUCUUUUCUACCUGGAAGAGCAGCGGCGCCUACGCCUGCAGCAGCUGGCCACGCUCAUUCAGAAGACGUACCGGGGCUGGCGCUGCCGCACCCACUACCAGCUCAUGCGCAAGAGUCAGAUCCUCAUCUCCUCGUGGUUCCGGGGCACCAUGCAAAAGAAGCGCUAUGAGAAGUUAAAGGCAUCGACAUUGCUGAUCCAGGCUUUUGUGAGGGGGUGGAAGGCCCGCAAGAAUUAUCGAAAAUAUUUCCGAUCAGGGGCCAGCAUCACCUUGGCCAAUUUCAUCUACAGGAGCAUGACACAGAAAUUCCUCCUGGGGCUGAAGCGCAAUCUGCCAUCCACCAAGGUCCUGGACAGCUGGUGGCCGCCCGCCCCCUACAGGUGCUUCCAGACGGCCAACCAGCAGCUGCAGCAGCUCUUCCACCAGUGGAAGUGCAAGAAGUUCCGGGAUCAGCUGUCCCCUAAGCAGGUGGAGAUGCUGCGGGAGAAGCUGUGUGCCAGCGAGCUGUUCAAGGACAACAAGGCUUCGUACGCCCAGAGCGUCCCCAUUCCAUUCCGCGGCGACUACAUUGGGCUGCAGGGGAACCCCAAGCUGCAGAAGCUGAGGGGCCGGGAGGAGGGGCCGAUCCUGAUGGCAGAGACCGUGAGGAAGGUCAAUCGUGGCAACGGCAAGACUUCUUCUCGGAUUCUCCUCCUGACCAAGGGGCGUGUGAUUCUCACCAACACCAAGCAGUCCCAGGCCAAAACUGUCAUAGGGCUGGACAGCGUGGCUGCGGUGUCGGUCACCAGCUUAAGGGAUGGGCUCUUAGGCCUGCAUCUGAGCCAGAUGUCACCCGUGGGCUCCAAGGGGGACCUGCUGCUAGUCAGCGACCACGUGAUUGAAUUGCUGACAAAACUGUACCUGGCUGUGCUGAAUGCCACGCGGAGCCAGCUCCCAGUCACCGUGACUGAGCAAUUCUCAGUGAGGUUCAAGGAGAGCCGUGUGGCUGUGAAGGUCGCCCAGGGCCCCGGGGAUGGCGAGAACAACAAGCUGAGCUUCAAGAAGAAGGGGGGUAACUGCCUGGAGGUGACUGUGCAGUGAGCGCCUCCCACAGGGACCCGGAUCAGCGCCUCCUCUGGCAGGGAGGGGGACCCCUGUGUCCGGGGGGGCUGGUGUGGAGCCCCUCUAUGGGCAGCGGGGCUUGGAGAUGAAAGAACCCCAAAGGAGGUCCUUUCUUUUCCUGAACCCUGCCCCAGGCAGCUCCCUUCACCCACUAAUAAAACACGUGACUUCCAAAAGGCUGGGUCCGAGUGGCUGGGUCCCCGACAGCCCUUGCCCUCUCUCGGGCUCCCGCUCCUAGAGGUAAUAAGAGAGGAAAAGAAGGGAAAUUUUCCCCAGGCUCCUCAACCG